GCCUUUCCUGCGGCUCCGCCCCCGGAAGCAAACGCUGACGCCUGUGAUUGGCCAGAGCCUCUGGAGGCGGGCUCCGAGCUGAGCGCGGGGUUUUCCUGGGCAAUCUGGGCAGCAGCUCGGUGGGCGACAUGUCCACUGUGGGUGGGGAGAAGCCUGGGGACGCGGGGGGCGAGGGCACCGAAACUGCCCGCCCCUUCAGCUUCAGCCCGGAGCCCACGCUCGAGGACAUCCGCCGCCUCCAUGCUGAGUUUGCCGCGGAAAGAGACUGGGACCAGUUCCACCAGCCUCGGAACCUCCUCCUGGCCCUGGUGGGGGAAGUGGGGGAGCUGGCCGAGCUCUUUCAGUGGAAGCCCGACGGGAAGGCUGGUCCCCAAGCCUGGCCCCCUAAGGAACGGGCGGCCCUUCAAGAGGAGCUUAGUGAUGUCCUCAUCUACCUGGUAGCAUUAGCAGCCCGCUGCCGUGUGGAUCUUCCCCAAGCAGUGCUCUCCAAGAUGGACACCAACCGGAGACGCUACCCAGCACAUCUGUCCCGCGGCUCUUCUCGCAAGUAUACAGACCUGCCCCGUGGGGCCACCUCUGAAGACCAGACUGUGGGGACUGCAGACCUUACCUGUGAGUCCACAGGUCAGGCCUCAACCUAGAAACAUGGAAUCAAGAUCUGCAGCUCAGCAUGGCAUGUGAGGAAGACAGUGGCCUGCCCAGGGAACCUCAUUCUAGUCCUUUCCUAACAGAUCACAGACCUAGGGACACGUCCUGAGGUCUGAGGUUCAAGAACCUCUGGAAGACAGCCUCUUGGUACUCUUCUCCCUCAAUAAAAGUUUUGUUUAACCGCC